AUGAAAACAAUAGCCUUGACUUCCUCAUCGUCUGAUUAUUUAACUUUGAUGAAAGUGCCAUUAUUGCAGGAGAGAGCUGUUGAUCGCUUGAUUGGUUCCUCAGAUUUACGUCAUGCGAGUAUGAAAGCUGCCCUUCUGGUAUCGAGCCAGGAAUGCGAACAAGCUCGAUCACUGAUCAAAUUAAUUGCUACAAAUCUUAUUGCCUCCGAUAUGAUUGAAGAUGGUGUCGAGUUGCUCUUCUUAGUGAAAGCUGGCGGUGAUGCUUGCAAGUAUCUCCAAUCGCAACGACAAUGGAAUAAAAGUAUUAUAUAUGCGAAAAUGGGUUUAGAAGAUUCAGAAGAUGUGCUCAGCAAAUGGAUUACUCAUCUUUCGUUCGACCAAAAAACUCAAUUCAUGUACGCUCAAGCCAGUCAGCGUGAAUGGCCAGAUGUGGUGGAGCUGCUGUCAAGUGUUGGUCAUUCUCAUCUGGCUCGACUCAUCCUCAGAACCUCGACGUCUUCGCCUCCCUCAAGUUCCCGCGGUGCCAACUCUCCCAUGCCAAGCUCACAUGGUGCCAAUUCACCCAUAGCCGAUAACAUUUCGCGAGCUAGCGAGCGAUCACACCUUGAAUAA